CCAUCAAGAGUGUCCGUCGUACAACGUGAGGCUAUUCUCAACUUCAUUGUUUGCCGAUUUCCCCAUAUACCCGCUGCCUAUGACCUUCUAUGUAUUAUUAUCGAUGAGGCUGCUUCAAGCAUCUACUCUCCGAUCGCUGACCAAAAGUCCUUAUUUUCAGUUAAAACUACCUCUUACAUUUCCGCAUCUGACAUUUCAACGUAUAGCCCCAUCCCUCGUGACUACGACUCGCUGACAAAUAUUUGCCGUUCUGAUAAUGAUUUGCAAACUGCCUUAAAUAUUGAUGAGCAAAAUAGAAUUUCUUCUAAGUUUUCUUUGAUCUCCGCAAACUGUGGUCCCAUAACCCUAAACACUUAUCCCGUAUCUGAGUCUACAGUUGAUAAAGCUGAUCUUGACUAUGAACAACAGCCUGUCGGAACUAUUUUUACAACCGAUAGUGAUAAUAACACGGAAUCCGGGUUUUCUAUCCCCUAUAGGAGUGGCCAAAAUAGUAGGAUCAACAAGAAUAUCGAACUGCAAAAUUCUGGAUCUCCUUUGGGGCUUGCGCAAGGGACUCAAUGGAUAGCAGAUUAUGAAGCAGCGGAGCGUUGGCGAUCUGCUUCUACUCAGAUCCUGCGUAAUCUUCUACCUCAGCUAGCCAGAGGUACGGCCAGGAUUGACUCUCGACAAGCUCUUGAUGCUCUUCUUCGAGUUUUUGCUCGUCUUUCUGGGCACUGGUCUGUACCGUCACCUGAGAAUGAUAGUGAGUUUGGCAAAACUAAAGAUUCAUCUAAAAAGAAGCACCUUUUACAAAGCAGAAACCAGCAUUGUGUACGAUUGCGACCUUCGCUCUGUAUCUUUCCUCAAAAAGAUACCAGAGCAAGUGUCAUCCCUUCUGCCGAUUUGUACAGUCCUGAUUCAACAGAACAUCCGUUGGAAGCUACUGGCUCAGAAGUAGAGGCGAUGAAGCCUAGCAAACACAAGAAAGCGCAUGAUAUUUAUGAGGAUGAGGCAAAAGGAAAACGAGAUGGGGAGAAUAAUAAGGAAGCAAAGACAGCACAAUCGGAGCAAAAGUGUGAUAUGAGGAAAGGAUAUCUUGAAAAGUUAUUGGUUACAGAUAAUCCGCCUGAGAAGAAAGAGGAAUAUUGCAAAGAUGAAGACCGCGAUGAGCUGACUGAUGAUUCAGACGCCUUGGAUGAGGCGGAAUUGCACGAAUGCCUUUCACCAGCUGUGCCCGAUGAAGAAGCAGAUCUUGAGGAUGGGGCGGCCACUAAAUAUGUGUCCUGUACACAAUACCAGGGCCCCAGUCCCAGUCAGAGCUGGACGUUGGACUCUCUCUUGACUCGGGUUGUGGACAUUAUGCUUAUGGACCCACUUCGUUCGUCACCCCCAGUUCAAACAAAUGGUGUAAGCUAUGUCAUAUUUCUAAUCCAGAUCUCCAAAGAAAUGUCUCUUGCUUAA